AUGCAAAAAAGUAGGGAAAAUCGAUUUUUUUUUCAAAUGAUUAUAACCGUAGGAAAGCCUCUGAAAAUCGAAUUUAUUCCUCUUAAGUGCCCACUUUCCCGCGUCCUCCAUCAGAUUCUUCCCUUUUCUCUGUCCUCUCAUUCGUUUCAUCAUUAUUUUUCCCUUUUCUCUCUCUUUUUCUCUAUUCGUAGCGCUUUUCCGUCUGUUUUUCACUAUUUUUCGUCUUCGUUCUAAAAAAGGCCUAGCUGGGUAGAUUAUAUUAUAUUUUAUUAUAAUAUAUAUUUUUUUAUUGAUUUGUCUCCAUUUCUACGAUGGAUAUCAUCUCGAAUUUCCUUUUUUUUGUUGAUUUUUUUGAUUUUUUUGCCCUCACUCGCGUCACACACAACCGCAUACAUGUUGCAGAAUGUUGCCAUGUUUUUUUUUGCUCUUUUUUCCGAUUUUCUUUUCAUCUUUUCAUUCCUAUUCGUUUAGAGGUUAGAAGAAAGAAAAAAAAAUGAGAAUUUUUCCUGAUUUUUGCUCGAUUUUUUGGACUUUUCUGGUGCAAGUUUGCUCCGUGGCUGAUUUUUUUUUUCUGAAUCUCUCAAGUGGUCACUCGAGAGAGCCGGACCAAGGGACCCCUUAAGUACUCAUUCAGCAACUUUCAACUUGAAAAAUUAUUUUAGAAAACUGCUUCUAAUAGAAACUACUCAAGUAGCCACUACUUCAAAAACUCCUCCACCCUAAAGUGCCCACUUUCCGGAAAGAAGCAAAUUAGCCAUGGAGCAACUUUUCCUUUCAUUGUCGUGCUUGCCACGUCUUUCUUCAAUUUUUUUUUUGUGUUGGAGAAUUUUAGGUGAAUUUUUUCAAUUGUAAAAGUAGAAAAAUGUCAAUUUUUCUCCUUUUCUUCGCCGUUUUACUCGUGCUGGGUUCGCUCACUAUUUCGUCUCUUUCCUUCCUUUCAAAAAUGUCCAUUUUUUCUUAAUAUGACUUUUUGCUCCUGUGCCAAAUGGCUAAAAAAGAAUCUUGCUUUUUGUCUCCCGCAUGGCAAAAAUUUGUCUCUUGUCCCAUGUCUUUUUGAUUAUUUGUUCUUUGCCCUAGCUAAAUGUGUUUUUUGUGUCUCUAGAGGAAAAAAGGUAUUAUGGUUCUCAAAAACAAAAAAAAGCUGCCUGAAUGUUGCAUUUUUCUCUUAAAAUUCGCAUGCUAAAUUUCAAUUUUGAGGACGAUAAUACAUAUAUAUAUAUAUAUAUAUAUACAGAUGAAAUGUGCGGCAGCAAGAAAUUUUUCAAUUCCUUGCUGUUGCCUUUCAAAUCAUAUUAUAUAUAUUAUAAAGUAUAUUAUAUUGGAAUGGAUGAAUAAAUUUCGAACAUUUUUUUGAUCAAAGGCAUUUUAUGCGUCGUAAAAAAAUGGUAUAACGCUUAAGGCAUGAAAGGAACGUCGAACGGCACUCGGGACGGGUAAAACAAAGUCAUCGGUCAAUAAGGUUGUUCGAUUAAAAUCUUUAAAAAUUUGAUUUAACAAAAUCAUUUGGAGAAAGCACGUAGGCAAGAUGGAGAUCAACUAGGAGAAGAGAAACGGCAAAAAAUGGCCAAAAACGGCUUCAGCAAAGGAAUUCACAUGGAGGCAAUUAAUAACACCAUAUAAGUGACGAUGCCGAAAAAAAGAUAAAACAUGAUGAUACGAUUUCAUUUCACGAAAAAUACUGUAAGGGAGAGUCCGCAAUCUGAGUUGUUCGCGUCGUGUGUUUGCACUCUUUAUAUUUUAUAUUUUCAUAUUUAAAAAAAAUUAAUGAGAGAAAAAUUUUGAAAAAAAUCUAAUAUUAAAAGUUUACUAGGAAAAAAAUCACGCGACAACGGUGCAAACACAAAAACGAGCAACUGCGGACUUUUUUUCAUACAGGUAAAUUUCGGAAAUGGAAGACUGGUCCGUCGCAAUCAGAAAAAAACAUAUUUCUUUGUAUAAAAACGAUCAAAGAAAAAGUAUUAAAGAUUUCUUUUCAGAAGAAGAGCGGGUAGAUCACUGUGCACAUAAAAAGAGAGAUUGUUAAAGAAUUAAAAAUUCGGAUACAGACAAAUCACAAGGACAAAGUAAAGAUAAAUUUUAAAAAAAUACAAAUUAAAAAAUAUUCGCAGAGGGCGGCAAGUCGGGAGUCGAAGUUGUGGCAGGAACCACGUCAGUCAUCAACGUGUCCUGGAACCAGAAGGACGUGAGUAUUUUCCAAUUUUUUAAAUCAACAUUUGGCAAAGAAAGAGCAAGUUUGAGCCUUAAUUUUUGAGAUCUUUCCUUUGGAACUCUCCUCUAGGGACCACUUCACUCACCCUUAUAGUGAGCCCUAAAGCUUGCAAAAGGGAUUCCUAUAGGGGACAAUUGCUAACAAGCUUCGAAAUCCCUAAUUCUGUCGAACAGAAACAUUUUUUUGAACCGUACUUCUUUACAUUAUCGAGAAAUUUCAGUCAAUUUGAUCAAAUGUUAAAUUUAACAAUGAAAAAAACGGUUUUUUUAUAUUUUAAAUCAAAACUUUGGAUUCGAUGAAACUCAAUCACUUUUUUUCUGAAACUGAAUAUAUUUUUCAGGUUUACCAAACUUCAAAGGAACUUUUUUGAACGAAAAAAGCUAAUGAAACCCGGAAUUAAUGAAAAAGUUAUGUUAAAAUUAGUAAAAAAUUGGUUUAGCCAUGCGCCUUUAAAAAUCCCCUUCAAUUUUUUUCAAUUUUUGUUAAUGGCGUGUUCAUCGGACAAAACGAAAAAUUGCUUCGAAACGCAAAGAAAAAUUGCUCCAAAACAAAAAUUAGUACAGUUUUAAAGAAACUUUGGCGCGCCGGUGAACACGAUUUUUCGUUUUGAAGCAUGUUCCGUUUCUCCUAUGAACACGCCAUUAAUAUUUCCUUAUUUUUCUAAUUAAUUUCCCGCAAAGACUUUCCAGUCAAUUUUUAACUCUCUUCCGAUGAAAUUUUCAGUUUAGACCUAUUUUUGAGAAAAUGGACUGUAUUUCCAUAGCUCAUCGUUUUUAACUUUAAAAGCUCUAUUUUAUGUUCAUUAUGAUUGAAUGCGGGUGGAUCAUUUCAGUUUCGCAAGUUAUUUCACGGAUUUCCCAAGGUUCCUGCCAGUUUUUUUGUUUUUGAGUUUCAGCGCUUUAUGAUAAUAUAAAAAUUCUCGAAAAAAAGUUCAAGUACAGUUUAAAAUUGUUUUUGGCAAUAGAAGUUUCCUUCAAAAAGUUCACUUUUUUUCUUCUCAUUGUUGUAUAUUUCAGAAUAAUCGAACCUUGGAUCAUGGACGAAAGACCGAUGGAUACUGCAUUUUCGAGAUAAUUGGUUUUAAAAGUUCUAAAAGGAAAAUAAACGGCAAGUUUUGUAUUUAAUAAAAAGGUUUAGGGUUUAUUAUAAAUUUUUGAUGUUCAUUCGUAAAACCUUGCUUUGAUUUUUAAAGGUUCAGGGAAGGGAUUGAAAAUUAUGAUAUUUUUAGGAGAACGAGUCUUGUGUCUUUGAGCAAUCGUGAAAAGCUGUUUUUCAGUUGAAUAAUAUAUAUUUUCAUACUUUUUGAACGAUUUAUUAGGUUGAACUGCUUGAAUUUUAAAUGAAAUGUCAGAAUUCGAAGGUUCGUUGAACAUCUUUCUGUAAUGCUUUAAAUGAAUUUUUUUUUUUUCGUUUUAGAGCAUUUAUAAUGUAUCUCGUUAUGCUUGAAAGUAUUCUUGAACUUGAGAAAUGGAUUUCGAAAAAGUAAAAAUGCGUGAAAAUGUUCCAUUUUUACCUCCUUUUGUUUUUUCAUGUUGACUUACUAUGAACCAGAGCCUCGUGGGAGCAAAAGGGUUUUUUAACAUUUAUUAGAUUUCCAUAGCAACUUUUUGUAAUUUCUUAAUGGCUCAGGAAGCUUUUGUUGCCUGAGUAAUUAAGGUUUUUCGUGUCAGAAACUGGAUUUUUUUCAAAUGUUUUUAGAACUUUUUUUGAGGCUUGCUUUAUUAAAACCGUUUGAAAUUGGAAAUUCGAAACAUAUUUGCUUCGGGACCUUAAUAAAAAUCCUUUUUUGGUUAAAAAGCAAUAAAGCUUCAUUGGAAGCUUUUUCCUGUAGUUUAGCUAGCGUAAAAUUCGGAAUAGAAAAAAUUUUCAGCUUUGCGAUUCAAGAAAUACUCAAUUUUUAUAAUUUCAGCCAGCAACCAGAAGAAAAGUGAGAACAUGUAGCGUUAAAAGAAGAAGAAAAAAACAAAAAAACGUAAGAUUUUUCUCUUUUUCAAAGAUAAAAUUUACAAAUUGUCUUUUUGAUCUUGUGAAAUUCUUAUCUUGGUUCGAAAAAAAUUAGAACUCAAAUAAAGAAUUUUUUUCUGAAGCGUCAUUUUCCAGACCAUCAAAUGGGGACAGCGAAAAAGUCAGAAGGAUCGAGUAGGAGGCCAAAAAGUCCUCCGGAGGUAAUUUUUGAUCGAAGAAAAAAGCUGAUAUUGACUUUUAUCCUUACUCGGACCCCGGUAAUGCGAAACGGACGUGCUCCGGACGUUUCUGAGCAUUCCUAGUGAAUACUUAUAGGCAUCAGAACCCUUAAGUGAUCCCUAGAAUCGCUCAGAAACCUCCGGUUCUCGUUACCGUGGUCCGAGAAAUGUUAAUAUAGCUGUUCCACACCAGCUUGUCACGGUUUUUGAUUCCCUCCGAGCUACAGUAUCCUUCCGGAAAGCUUCCUUUUGACACGCAUGGCCUUCCUGUGUGUCUACGCCUUUAAAACAACGGAAAUUUUUGGCUUAAUUAAAGGCGCAUGAGAAGAAGGCCGCGCUCAUCGAGAAAGGGACGCAGAAUGGGCUAUGAACUUGAUUAUUUUUUCAUUUUUAGUCAGAAUUCUAUUGUAUAAUUUCGAGAAAGCUAUGAUUAUUUUAUAAACGGCUUUUUAAAAAUUGAUUUCAAAGGCUAGGAAAUGUCUUCUUGAGGUUAUAGUAUUCUCCUUGAAAAGCGAAAAAAAAAAUGAAUAUUUUCUAGCUCGGAGAAUCGUGAAAAGCCGGUUACUUCGCAUAACCUUUUCUUCAAUAAAAUCAAUUUUUGAACGUUCCAGCAAACGUCGGAAGAAGACGAAGAUUCGGAUCGCGCAGCACGGCCCAGCGUAACUAGAACCUGAAGUUGAUCAAAAAUCGGGAGACGUCAGUUUUUCAGGCCUGCGCGGCGUGCAUGGCCGUUUUCUCGGGCCUACUGGUCCUGAUCUCGAUUUCCGUCUUGGUGACCGUCCUCGCCGGAUACCUUCUGGGUGUCGUCCCUGGCUUCGAAAAACAAAAAUGA